AUGCCAUUGUUUGCCGUGACCCUCUACGAGUUCAAUGCUGAAAGAGACGACGAAUUGUCGGUGUCUCCAGGUGAAAAUUUGACAAUCUGCGCCCACUAUGACUAUGAGUGGUUUAUUGCGAAGCCGAUUAAUAGGUUGGGCGGUCCCGGGUUGGUUCCCGUGUCGUAUGUCAGGAUCAUCGACUUGAUGAACCCCGCCAAGUAUGCUUCGACGGAUACGUAUGACCGCGAACAAGUUGUCAAGAUCAUCACCGAGUUCAAGAUCCCCACCGUGGAACAAUGGAAAGAUCAAACCAAGAAAUACGAGGCUUCCACCAUCCAGAUUGGGCUGAAUAGCUCGGCCACUAAUAGGUCCUCCACCACCAAUAGAUCGUCGAGCUCGAACCGCUCCUCGAAAAGCUCCAUCUGGGUCGAGAAAUCCAAUGUUUCGUCAUACCAGUUGUACGAAGGCCGAUAUCAAUACCUCCUCGUUGCCAAAAUGUCCAAUGGCAAGACGAGACAUCUCUAUAGGUACUACCAGGACUUUUACGACUUGCAGGUGAAAUUGCUCGAGUUGUUCCCCUUUGAAGCGGGAAAGAUUGAAAACUCGAGGCGGAUCAUACCGUCGAUCCCCGGGCCCCUCAUCAAUGUCAACGACUCGAUAUCCAAGCUAAGAAGAGAGAAGCUAGACUAUUAUUUAUCCAACUUGAUUGCGUUGCCGGCCCACAUCUCCAGAUGCGACGAAGUGUUGAACUUGUUUGAAGUGCUAAACAACGGAUUCGACUCGGAGCUGGAUAGCAAGAGAGGCUCCAAGCCAAUCAGCCAAAUCUCCAACUCCCACCACGACCGAUUGUCGCAAUAUAGAGGCGACAUCGAGUCGAUGGCGGAGCCGCAGCUGAAAAAGGUCAAGGUCAAGUUCUUUUUCGACGAUGACAUAUUUGCCUUGCUCCUUCCGACAAAUCUACGGUUGCAGGAUUUGAAAACAAAACUUUUCAAAAGACUCGAGUUGGACGACAUGAAACAACACGGCUUCCACAUGCCGAAAAACUCGGAUUCGAUACGGUUGUAUUUGAAGAACGACUAUGACGAUUUCACCCACGAAAACAACAUCCAGGGCAACGUCGAUUACAACUUGCACGGCGCGAGAUUGCGCGAAUUUGAAGUUGACGACGAUACAAAGUUCCACGAUAUCCUCUUUGACAAGUGUAAGCUUAUAAUACGCGUAGUGUGA